UCUGCUAAGCACCCAACUCAUCUCACACUCUAGCUAGCUACCAAGGUUACUCACAAUGGCUACUAGCACUAAGCUUGUAGCUCUUGGCUUCGUUGCUCUCCUGAGCAUCGGGCUCACCGAUGCAGCAAGGAUGCUCGCUAGCUCCUCCAGCGCCUCCGGCGGCGGAGGCGGCGGGGGUGGUGGAGGCGGUGGCGGUGCCACCGGUGGAAGUGGCUUUGGUGGAGGAUCCGGGGCCGGUGGCGCCUCAGGGUAUGGUGAGACCUUCACAAGUUCUGGUACCCAGUACAACUACGCCCAGGGAGCUGGUGGAGGAGGAGGAAACGGUGGCGGCGGCGGGUCUCAGGGCGGGUUCGGUUCUGGUUCCGGGACCGGCUACGGCACCGGUAGCGGUUCGAGUGGCUCGGCGUCAGCCCCUAGCGGCAGUGGGUAUGCCAAUGGUGCCGGUACCGGUUCAGGCGGUGGCGGCGGCGGUGGUUCCGACGGGACCAGCGGGACUGGUGCCGGAGGCGGCCUUGGUCAAGGCUCUGGCUCGAGUAGCAUAGCAACAGCACCGGCUCCCAGCACUGGCGAUGGUUCCAGCUCCUCCAUUGCCGGCGGUGGUGGUAAUGGUGGUGGCGGUGGCUCCGGCGGAGCCGGUGCUCCCAGCGUUGGUGGCGGUUCUGGCUUUGGGGCUGGACAGGCUGGCAGUGACUCCACCACUGGAUCAGGCUCUGCCAGUGGAUCGGGUAGCGGCGAGGGUGGUGGUACAGCUGCAGGUGAUGCUAAUGCACCAAGUGUUGGAGUCGGCUCUGGCACUGGCUCUGGAGGAGGACAAACCAGCACCGGUUCAGGCUCUGCCACGGGUAAUGGUAGCGGCACCGGCGGCGGCGGCGGUAGCAGCUCGAACGGUGGGUCUGGCAGCGGUGGAGGCAGCGGUUCCGGUACCGGUAACGGUGGGUUCCAUUGAAACCCCAUGGUUGGAACUUGGAGCAAGCUAGAGUCAGAGCCCCGCAAGCACUUAAUUAGUCUCUUCAUUCGUUUUGCUAUUCCAGAUCAAUUUAGUUUCCUUUCCAUUUAGUGUAAUAAAGGGCUCAAAAAUUCUAGUGCAGUUCAUAUGUAGUCGAGCAAUCAAGUGAGAUUCUUAUAAGAUGGUCAUCUCGCAUAAAGAGUUAAAUAAAGCAUUUGAAGAAUACAGUACCUCUAUCUUA